AUGCUUUCCCGUUCGCUUCGUGCCAUCCAGCGCUCCUCCAUCAGUGCUCGUACCUACGCCCUCUCGGCAAAGGCCCAGAGCCUCAUCUCCAAGCCUGUCCAGGAAGUCGAUCCUGAGAUGGCCUCCAUUUUGCAACAAGAAAGAGACAGACAGAGAAACUCCAUCACAUUGAUUCCUUCUGAAAACUUCACCUCCAAGGCCGUCAUGGACUUGUUGGGCUCGGAGAUGCAGAACAAGUACUCCGAAGGUUACCCUGGUGAGAGAUACUACGGUGGUAAUGAGAUCAUCGACAAGGCCGAGUCCUUGUGCCAGCAGCGUGCUUUGGAGGCCUUUGACUUGGACCCAGAGCAGUGGGGUGUGAACGUGCAGCCACUUUCUGGUGCUCCUGCCAACUUGUACGCUUACAGUGCUGUUUUGGAGGUUGGUGACAGAAUCAUGGGUUUGGACUUGCCUCAUGGUGGUCACUUGUCCCACGGUUACCAAACCCCUUCUGCUAAGAUCUCGUACAUUUCCAAGUACUUCCAGACCAUGCCAUACAGAUUGGACGAGGAGACUGGUCUUAUUGACUACGACACUUUGGAGAAGAAUGCUCUUUUGUUCAGACCAAAGGUCAUUGUUGCAGGUGCCUCUGCCUACUCCAGAGUGAUUGACUACAAGCGUAUGCGUGCUAUUGCCGACAAGGUGGGCGCCUACAUUUUGUCUGACAUGGCUCACAUUUCCGGUUUGGUUUCUGCCGGUGUCACUGCCUCUCCAUUCCCAUACUCUGACAUUGUCACCACCACCACCCACAAGUCCUUGAGAGGUCCUCGUGGUGCCAUGAUCUUCUUCAGAAAGGGUAUCAGAAAGGUCACCAAGAAGGGUAAGGAGAUCCCAUACGAUCUUGAGAGAAAGAUCAACUUCUCUGUGUUCCCUGCUCACCAAGGUGGUCCACACAACCACACCAUCUCUGCUUUGGCUGUGGCCUUGAAGCAGUGCCAGUACCCAGAGUACAAGCAGUACCAGCAGGAGGUCAUUGACAACGCCAAGGCUUUCGCUGCUGCUUUGGAGGACAAGGGUUUCGACUUGGUUUCCAAGGGUACCGACACCCACUUGAUUCUUGUGGACUUGCGUUCCAAGAAGAUUGACGGUGCUCGUGUGGAGGCCGUUUUGGAGCGUGUUAACAUUGCUGCCAACAAGAACACUGUGCCAGGUGACAAGUCUGCCUUGUUCCCCAGCGGUUUGAGAGUUGGUACUCCAGCCAUGACCACUAGAGGUUUCGGUCCAGAGGAGUUUGCCAAGGUUGCUGAGUACUUCCAGAAGGCUGUUGACAUUGCCAUCAAGUUGAAGGCCCAGGAACAAGGUACUGUUGCCAAGGAGUUGAUGGCCAGCUUCAAGCAGAUUGUCCAGGCUUCCGAGGAGGUUAAGGCCUUGGACGCCGAGGUGCAAGCCUGGGUUGCCCAGUACCCAGUUCCAGGUGACUUGUAA